AUGAGAUAUGCCGCCACCACAACAUUUGAUGAAUCUGGAUUUCCAAUUUAUAGACGUCGGAAGAAAGAUUUUACCAAGGCUACAGCUGGAAAAGAACAGCAUUUGGACAAUAAGUGGGUUGUUCCGUAUAACCGCGACUUACUGGUGAAAUUUCAAUGUGAUAUAAAUGUUGAGAUCUGUUGUCAUGCACGUAGUAUCAAAUACAUCUUCAAGUACUGUCUCAAAGGUCAUGAUCGAGCUACAGUUGAGAUAAAGAACCGAAAAAAGGAUACUGCCGAGUCCAGUAAAGACUCUCCUGUAGAUGAGAUUAACCAAUAUUUUGAUGGUAGAUAUAUAUGUGCAUGUGAGGCAGCCUAUCGCAUAUUUGGUUUUAACAUACACUAUCGUACACACUCUGUUCAGCGUCUGUCAUUUCAUUUACCAGGGGAAAGAAUUUGCACAUUCAAAGAUAGUGAUCCAUUACCAAAGGUGAUUGCAAGGGAGAGAAAAAAAAGCAGUCAGUUGGAAGCUUUUUUUGCACUGAAUGCUACUGAUCCAGAAGCUAGGAAAUUAACAUACGACGAGAUCCCUAGACAUUAUGUGUGGAAUGACCUUGAUACAGUUUGGAAUGAGGCCUGUAAAGAGUAUGGACUCCUUGACGAUGAUAAUGAAUGGCACCAAGUCCUGCAGCAAUGUUCAAGUUGUGGAUUAGCUCCCCAAAUCCGUGAACUUUUUGUACACAUCAUGGUGAAUUGUCGUGUCACUGAUUUGAAGAAAUUAUGGAAUGACCAUUCUGUGCACAUGACUGAUGAUAUUGUUUUAAUUAGAAGAAAAGUCAGUGGGAAUCCCAAUUUGGUGCUGAAUGAGAAACAAAUAGAGUACUUUGCCCUUGCAGAAAUUCACAAACUACUCAAGUCUAUUGGGAAGUCAUUGAACGAUUUCAAUGACAUGCCUCAGCCGCCUAGAAAUUAUUUAGACUGUGAUCUGAAUAAUCUAAUCAUUGAGGAGACAUCUUACAAUCUUGAUCAGAUGGCAGAGGAGCACAAGUCUCUAAUUUCUGAAAUGAAUGAAGAACAAUUGCAGGUGUACAACGCAAUAAUGGAUUCACUACAGAAGACUGAUGGUGGUUUUUUUUUUGUUUACGGAAGUGGAGGCUGUGGGAUGACUUAUUUAUGGAAGACCUUGAUAUCAAAGUUGCGCUCCGAGAGCUUGAUAGUUCUUCCUGUUGCUUCGUCCGGUAUUGCUGCAACUCUGCUGCCAGGUGGCAGAACAGCGCACACCAGAUUUAAGAUUCCUAUUAUGUUGGAUGAUUGUUCUACAUGCAACAUAGCUCAGCAGUCAGAUAUUGCACAGUUGCUGCACCGUACCUCGGAGACCCGGAUCGUUCUCUGCGUGAUAUCAUGA